GGGUUCACCCUUUUUUAGGAGUUUCCCGGGUAUUUAGCGGAUCAAAAACUCUCCAUAAACCCUAAUUCCCAACUUCAAUCCCGUUCUCCCCCUCUUUCUCAUGCAAACUAAGGACAUGCGUGCAUUUCGGUCGCUCCACCUCUGCAAAAAUCUCCGAACUCUCUCCUCCCAAUAUCCCAACCCUAUCAUCACUUGCUGCAAAUCUCGUAAUUACCCGCAGUUUCCUAAGAAAUUUCACUCCACUCGCCACCGCCGAUUCCCCUCCUCUACCACGGCAGAUGAAUCGGCCGCGUCCAGCUGGUCGGUUUUCCCGCAUUCGCCGCGGCCUGUCGACUCCCCCUCUCGACAAAAUACUACAGUUCAAACUGUUUACGACCCGUCCACUGGCCGUCUCGUCACCAAUCGAGAAUAUAACGGCGGGGAAGAAUCCGGUCCUGUUGUUGAAAAAGCUGAAAAUCCCCCGAACGUCGAAGUUGGUACCAGAGUCUACGGAGAUAUUAUAGGGAGCAGUAGAGUCAGUAGCAGCAUUAGGAAGAAGGGGAAGAGUAGGAUUGUUCAUGUUUGUGAGAGUUGUGGAUACUCGGACGGGCAGUGGUGGGGCACGUGUAAGCAUUGCGGGGAAAUCGGCACAAUGAAGCCGUUUACCACCGAGAGUGCCAACAGGAAAGUGAGUGGGAUUCAGGUGUCAGAAAAUGUGGUGAGAUCCUGGCUGCCGAAGGAGGCGGGUGGUCCAACCCCUAUCAAGUUGACUGAUGUGUAUGGUCAGAUUGACGAAUCGAAUUGGCGAAUACCUUUGCCUGGAGUAUUUGGAGCUGAAGUGGAAAGAGUUCUUGGUGGCGGUUUAGUCCCAGGUUCUCUAGUAUUAGUCGGUGGAGAUCCAGGUGUUGGUAAAAGUACACUAUUGUUGCAGAUUGCAGCACUAAUAGCAGAAGGGAAUGCUGCAGAUGUUCCAGCUCGAGCUAUAUAUGUCUCGGGGGAAGAGAGUGUAGAGCAAAUUGGAAAUAGAGCUGACCGUCUUUGUAUCAAGACAGAAGAACUUUUUCUGUAUUCAAGUACAAACAUUGAGGAUAUUCUGGAACAGGCCAAGCGUCUUUCACCGAGGGUUGUAGUCAUUGAUUCUAUUCAGACAGUCUAUUUAGAGGGAGUGACUGGAAGUGCUGGAGGUGACGUGCAGGUGAAAGAAUGCACUUCUGCAUUACUACGGUUUGCUAAGAAGACAAACAUUCCUGUACUUUUGAUUGGACAUGUAACUAAAACUGGAGACAUAGCUGGACCUCGUGUCUUGGAGCACAUUGUGGAUGUUGUUUUAUAUAUGGAGGGUGAGAAAUAUUCAUCACAUCGAUUGCUUAGAUCAGUGAAGAAUCGAUUUGGCUCCACAGAUGAACUAGGAGUUUUCAAAAUGUCAGUGUCCGGACUGCAAGGAGUUCCAAAUCCCAGCGAGAUGUUCUUAAGUGAGCAGCACUCUGAUUCAGACUACCUAGCUGGGUUGGCUGUAGCUGUAAUUAUGGAUGGAUCUCGAGCAUUUCUUAUUGAAGUCCAGGCAUUAUGUGUAGCUGGCUCAUCAGUUCAGAGGCAUGUUAAUGGUGUUCAAGGUAGCAGAGCUGACAUGAUUAUUUCAGUUAUUAUAAAGCAAGCUGGUCUCAAGCUGCAAGAGAAUGGCAUCUUUCUUAAUGUCGUUAGUGGGGCUACCUUGACUGAGACAGCUGGGGAUCUAGCAAUAGCAGCCGCAAUUUGCAGCAGCUUCUUGGAAUUCCCCAUACCCAAUGGCAUAGCAUUUGUUGCGGAAGUUGGUCUUGGUGGUGAACUUCGCCUGGUACCUCAACUGGAGAAAAGGGUCAACACCCUGGCAAAGCUAGGAUAUAAGAAGUGUAUUGUCCCUAAGUCGGCCGAGAAGUCUUUCACAGACCUGCAGCCACAGGGUAUGCAAAUCUUGGGAUGUAAGAAUUUAAAGGAGAUGAUUAACACUGUCUUCACAUAAAGCUGACAAAGAUCUUUGCAGAGGUCGUCUCUUUACCACCUACACUCUAGCAGCGCAGAAUUUGGUGUACAUAUUACAGCUGUAAAAUUGUCCGCUAUAGUAUCUUGUAGUUUUCCCUGGUUAAAGUAAUGUUUUGUUCAGCACCAUUGAAGGCAAUUCCCCUCUUUUAUGGACUCUAAAUUUACAAUCAACCGUUCUGGACGAGAAAUGGUUCCUUGUAAUAUUGUUUAUUUGUGUUACUGUCGCCAUGUACAAGCAGUUAAUGGUUCA